AUGCCAGCAAAGGCAAGUACAAAAAAAAGUGCCAAAUCAGAAGAAGAUCCUAAGAAAAAAGAUACAAAAGGUACAAAAAAAGGUGCAGAUGAAACAAGUGGAACAGCAUUAGGUAAUAUUGAUCUUGGUUCAGUAUCCAAUGAUAAUACUUCAACAUCAAAAGCAGCAACAAGUAAUUUAGCUCGUGGAACAUCUCAAUCAGGUACACCAUUAGAUGAUCAUACUAAUAAAGAUCCAGGUGUAUCAACAUCAGAACUUAGUCAACAUACCGAUGGAAAUCGUGAAAGCGGUGAAACUGGAGUAAAUGUUGGAGACAGUAUUACUGGUACAGCUCUAUCAGAUGCUGAUAUUAAAUAUGAAGAACCUAUUUUACCUAAUCUUAUUGUAUUAAGUUAUGAAGGUGGUAAAGAAAAAGGUUUGUAUGAAGGAUAUGGUAAAGCUACAUAUGUUGGUGAUCAUAGUUAUACUGGUGAUUGGAGUGGUGGUAUGAUGAAUGGACAAGGACGAUAUGAAUGGGCUGAUGGUGUGAUUUAUUCAGGUACAAUUGUGAAUAAUCAACUAGAUGGUGUUGGAACAUAUCAAUGGCCAGAUGGAAGUGUAUAUCAAGGUGAUGUAUAUCGAGGUCGUCGACAUGGUACAGGAAUAUUUCGACAUGGCAAAAGUCCACUUACCUAUGAAGGUGAAUGGCAUAUGGGUAAUAUGCAUGGAAAAGGCACAUUACAAUUUGGCCGCGAAGGACAAAAUUAUUAUACAGGUGAUUUUAUUCUUAAUAUUCCAUUUGGAAAAGGUCGUCGACAAUAUGCAUCAGGAAAUUUAUAUGAAGGAAUGUGGGUAAAUGGUAAACGACAUGGAUAUGGAGUAUUUUCAUGGAGUAAUGGAAAUGGAGAAUAUAUAGGACAAUGGAAAAAUGGUGUACAGAAUGGACAUGGUAUUCAUAUAUGGUAUAUUAUUCGAGCUGAAGAAUCUCAAUAUGCAUUAAGAAAUUAUUAUGAAGGAAAUUUUUUUGAUGGUCGUCGACAUGGACAAGGAACAUUUUAUUAUUCAAGUGGAACAAAAUAUAUAGGCGAAUGGAAAGCAGAUCAAAAACAUGGAAAUGGAAAAGUCAUCUUAAGAAAUGGUACAGUAAUCGAAGCUGAGUUUUUAAAUGAUCGUAUAAUAACACCUUUAACAAGUGAUAUGACUUCAAUGUUAGAAAUUGAAUUACCUGAAAUUGUAUCUAAAACACCAAUACCAUCUGCAUCCAAUACACUUGAUCCAUUGAAUUUAACACGAAGUGAAAGUCGAAAUACAAUUACUCCUAAUUUUAAAUUACAAUUUGAUGGUGCUUUACAUCAUCUUUCAAGUAAAGAUGAUGAUAAAAAGAAAAUUACCGAUCAGGUUUUUCAUGUUUUAUUUCGUCAUCUUCCACAAUUAAAACAAAUCUAUCGUAUUUAUGCUCGAUUAGGUGUUGAUUUACAAACAAAUAUUGAUAAUACAUUUUUAAUGGCACGUAUUCAAUUUUGGCGUUUUAUUCUUGAUUGUAAUUUACAUAGUUAUGGUGUUACACCAAUUGAAUAUGAUCGAUUGAUUGCCGAAUGUUUACCAACAGAAAAUAUGCAUGGACCAGAUGAAUCAAUUUUAGUACGAGAAUUUUUAAAUGCUAUUGCUAUUAUUAGUUUUCAUUUACAUCGAUUAAAAAAAAUACAAAGUGAAUCUUCAUCAGAAAAACAACCAAUUAGCUUACAAAUUGCUUCUUCAAUGGAAACAAUUAUUGAAAAAAAUAUUUUACAUUUAGCAGGAAAUAUUCGAGGUAAUCUAUUUACCGAUUCACAAAAAUAUCUACAAGCCUCUCGAUAUAAAGAUCAAUGUCACAAGAUAUAUUUAACAUUUUGCACAAAAAAUAAGGAUAAACCAUAUGAUAUGACGAUGCAAAAACGUGAUUUUUUAUUAAUGAUUAAACGUCUUCAAUUAAUUGAUCCUCUACAUUUAACAGCAUCACGUAUUAUAUCAAUAUUAGCUGAUGAUGAUCCAAAUAUUCGACCAUCAGGUUCAACAAAUGCUGCAGAUAUUCGUUUAGAUAUUGAAAUGUGUUUUCUUGAAUUUUUCGAAGCCUUAAUUGCUUGUGCACUUAUUCAUCCAGGUAGUAAAUAUUAUAAUACUUAUGUUAAACCACCAAAAACAGCUACAUCUGAACAUAGUCUUGGUUCUCAACCAUCUAUUGGUUCGCCAAGUGUUCAUGAUCGACAACAAGAAAGUCGACAAUCAGAAUAUCCAGCGAUUGUUGUUCGUGAAGUAUCUGAUUUAACACAUGAAACACCAGAUGAUAUCGAUAAAUCUCGUUCAUUAGCAAGUCGUGAACAUGAAAUAACAGGCAAUGUUGGUGAAACAUCAUCACCAGCGUCCUAUGCGGUAAAAGUUGAUGAUUUUUUUACUGGAAUAUUUUUACCAGCUGCUUAUUCAUUUGAAAAUAUUCGUGAACAAAUUCGUAUUGAUCAAGAAAAAACUUGGCAAGGAAUGAAAUAUGAUAAUAAUAAUAGUGAUACACCAUGGCCUAAACAAUAUGCUGUACUUAUUCAAUAA